AUGUCUCCUUCAUCAACCACAAUGCUAGCAAGUGAUUGCCAUUCAAAGGAUUGUGAUGGUUCUCCCGUUUCCAUCGGUCACUGCAUUCUUGAAAUUCAAUCUACAUUCUGGAGAUGGAAGAUCCGAAGGGGAUUCUUGAUUCGUGUCUUUGUCUAUAAGUCGAAUCUUUUUGGUGCUCUGAUCUGGAUCGGAGAACUAAAACUACUUGGAAUUGCUGCAUCAGAUUGGGAAGGUAUGGAUUCCUCUCCUCAUUCUUCUUUGACUGGAAAAGUAAAACAGAGACCGUGGUGGAUGAAAAGCCUCACUGGGUGGUCUUAUGUAGUCUAUGAGAUGUUAUUCCAAAAGUUGCAAGCAAGGCACCUGAGAAAUCCAUUGCCUUUACCUCCCCUCCAUGAUGUUACAUGCAUCGUAACUGGAUCCACGAGUGGCAUUGGACUUGAAACAGCCAGGCAAUUGGCUGUUUCUGGGGCACAUGUCAUUAUGGCUGUACGAAACCAAUCUGCAGCCUUUGAUUUGAUCAAGAAAUGGCAGACUGAACGGCAUGGAACAAGACUGCUCGGUGUUGAGGUGAUGGAGCUGAAUCUUCUCUCCCUCGCCUCAGUUGUGAAAUUUGCUAAGGUGUGGAAUUCACGCUCAAAACCUUUGCAAGUUCUUAUCAAUAAUGCUGGAAUCUUUUCUAUGGGAGAGCCGCAGAAGUUCUCGAAAGAUGGGUACGAAACACACCAACAAGUAAAUUUUUUGGCUCCUGCAUUGCUUUCCAUAAUGCUUUUGCCAUCUCUCAGUAAGGGCUCUCCCAGCCGAAUUGUUAACGUAAGCUCCAUCAUGCAUUAUAUGGGCUUUAUCGACCCAGAUGACAUGAAUUUUACUCUGGGGAAAAAGAAAUUCAGCAGUACAAAGGCAUAUUCAAGUAGUAAGCUUGCACUGGUCAUGUUCAACAGUGUCUUACAGAAAUGCCUGCCUCUUGAAGCUGGCAUUAGUGUGUUAUUUGUGUCUCCUGGAAUUGUUCACACAAAUGUAACAAGGGACCUUCCAAAAUUGGUGCAGGUUGCGUAUAACUUGAUACCGAUAUUUGUCUUUAGUGCCCAAGAAGGUUCAAGAAGUGCACUUUAUGCAGCUACUGAUCCUGAAAUUCCUGAGUACUGUAAGGCAUUGAAGGCUGAUGACUGGCCAACUUGUGCUUAUAUCUCAUAUGAUUGUCGUCCCACACGUGCUGCCGAAGAAGCACAUAACACAAGAGCUGCUAAUGAAAUGUGGGAAAAGACACUGGAUAUGAUUGGCCUUCCUCUUGAUGCUGUGGAGAAGUUGCUGCAAGGGGAAGAAGUCAUUUGCAAAUACAAGGAUAGCUGA